UUUGGCAAUCAAGCAAUCACCAUGCGCCUUCUUAUCCUCUGCACGCUGUUCCAACUCGUCUAUUCGAAAGUCAACCUGCCCGGUCCGUCCGGACCAUGUCAGGUUGAAGCGAGAUCGGCCGAAUUGGUCGAUACAUCGCGAAUCGAUCCAUUCAGUCCCAACCGCAAUGCCACGAGAGCCAUCAUGGUUACUUCGUUCGUGCCUGUCUACUGCGGCGAGGUGCAAUACGAAUCGUAUCUCCCGCCUAAAAUCGCCCAAGCAGGUACUCAGAUGCUGAAUUUGCCAAACGGCACUUUGGAAUCGAUCCAAUUAGGCUCGUGGUCAUCCGGGGAGCAUUCGCGCCGGAACGAAACUCAGGAAUACCCCGUUAUCAUCUUCUCGCCCGGCCUGAGCGCCUCGCGACUGAUCUACGCCAAUCUUCUCGAGAACGUCGCUAGCAAUGGCUUUGCGGUGGUGUCGGUCGAUCAUCCGUAUGAUGCGGCUGCGGUGGAAUUUCCUGAUGGACGGAUUGUCGCUGGGAAGGCUAAUAUGUCGGAUAUUCCUCUUGCUGUGGAUACAAGAGUGCGUGAUGUUAUCUUCACUCUAAAUGAGUUGAGCAACAACACAAAGUCGAUCAUCCCUCCUUCUUUCCCCAGCAAACUGCAGCUCGACCGUGUAGCUCUUAUCGGACACUCGCUAGGCGGCGCCACAGCAGCGCAGGCAAUGCUCAACGACACCCGUUUCGCCGGUGGCAUCAACUUUGACGGUAGUCUGCACGGCUCAGUCAUCCAGCAGGGUCUGGACAGACCGUUUAUCAACUUUGGCCAGGCUAGUCUAGCAGAUUCAGAGUACAACACGUGGAACGAAACCUGGCCGCAUCUGCGCGACUUUAAACUGCAGCUGCAGUUGAAGGACUCGCUGCAUCUCACGUUCAGUGAUUUGCCGGUUGUGUUUGAUUCUGCGCCGUCGGCCAAGGCACUUCGGAAUGCGACUGCGAGGACUCUGGGUUCGUUGCCGGGUUUGGGAACGUUGCCUGGGCUGCGUGUUAGGACGAUUUUGACGCAUUAUAUUAUGGAGGCGUCUAGGUUCUUUCUGAGGGGGAAGAAACCUGCGAUUCUGCGUGGGCCGUCGUCGGCAUAUCCGGAGGUUAUGUAUGUAAGGACAUAG